AUGUGGAAGAUCCCCAAGGAUACGCCCCAAACCGCCGUUCCCAAUGGCCAUACAAAACUCUUCGAGGCCACUUACGACACGCCGCUGGACGAGAUCUUCAAGCACUUCGACGAAGACGGCGGCGUGAUUCUCAAGGGCCUGUUGACGCCCGACGAGGCAGCCCAGUUCCGCGACGAGCUCAAGCCGAGCCUGACCAAGGUGCAGCAAGGCUCUCUCUACGCCGCGUACGCGGAGCGGCUGGCCGACUUCCACGGGCGCAAGACGCGGCGGAUCGGGGGUUUGACCAACCUGAGCUCCGUGUUCCGCGACCGACUGGUCGAGAACGACUUCAUCCACGAGCUGUGCAUGCGCGUCUUCACCGAGGGCGGCCACGCGGGCAACUACUGGCUCUCGCAGGCCACCACCAUCUGGGUCGAGGGCGCCCAGGCCCCGCAGGAGCUGCACCGUGACCUGCAGACGUACCCGCCCUACGUGCUGCUGGGCAAGGACGCCACCGAGGCCAUGCUCAACUUCAUCGUGGCGCUGACGCCCUUCACGGCCGAGAACGGCGCGACGGCGGUCAUCCCGGGGUCCAACCACUGGGACUUCGACCAGCGCGGCAGCCAGGACCAGACCAUCCCCGCUGUGAUGGAGCCCGGGGAUGCGCUCCUCUUUGGUGGCAAGAUUGUCCACGGCACGGGCCGCAGCGUCGUCGACGACCAGGAGCGCGGCUGCAUCCAGUUCGUUGUCAUUCCCAGCUUCCUGACACCGUCAGAAGCUCAUCCGCUCAUUGUCGACCAUGAUGUCGUGCGCGGCAUGUCAAAGCGCGCCCAGCAGUUCCUGGGCUUCCGCUCGACCUACCCGCGCGAUUCCACGGGCAUGUGGACAAAGGACUACCAGGAACUGGCGCUCCACAUGAAGUAUGACGACCCGACGCCCCGUGUUGCGGUCAUCUAUGAAGAUCAAAAGGCUCGUCGUGUGGUUGAAUAA